CUUGCGCGUGGGGAAAAUCUUAUCCAACGCGCUGUGUGCCCUAAUCCUAAUCACCUGCGAGCGAGAAUUCGACGCCUUAUCCUGAGAACUCAGAAACCCCAACCCCUGUCCAUAUAUCAUCGACCAUGCCCCUCCCGAUUUUCCCCCAACUCGGAUCUUCAAUCGGUUGACUCGUCCUUCUUGGCCCAUAGAAUCCAAGAUCGCCUUGCUCGGUUAAGUAUGGAGCCGAUGGAUAUCGUCGGGAAGUCCAAAGAGGAUGCUUCGCUUCCGAAAGCAACAAUGACCAAAAUCAUCAAGGAGAUGCUGCCGCCGGAUGUUCGUGUUGCAAGAGAUGCCCAAGAUCUUUUAAUUGAGUGUUGUGUAGAGUUUAUAAACCUUAUCUCAUCAGAGUCUAAUGAAGUUUGUGGCAGAGAGGAGAAAAGAACUAUUGCACCUGAGCAUGUACUCAAGGCUUUAGAGGUUCUUGGAUUUGGUGAGUACAUUGAGGAGGUUUACGCAGCUUACGAACAACACAAGAUUGAGACCAUGGACUCUCUAAAAGGUGGCAAGUGGAGCAAUGGAGCCGAGAUGACUGAGGAAGAAGCAUUGGCCGAGCAACAGAGAAUGUUUGCAGAGGCUCGUGCAAGAAUGAAUGGUGGGGCUGCUCCCCCAAAGCAACCCGAUCCUGACCAAACCAUAGAGAGCUGACUCUAGGAUCUUUAUUUUCUUAGCCAUAGGCAAGCAUCCUUGACUCUUCCAUCCGUGCUUCUAAUAUCUCUUAUGUUAUGUACAAAAUAUCCUUGACAAGUUUGCUGGCCUAUAGGAUAUGGGCACUUCAAUUUGUAUUCUAUUUAUGAAUCCAUGUCUAUAAGCUAAUGUAAUUAGUGAGUGUUUGUUCAACCAAUCGCUUCUUUCAGAACCAUUUGUAAUUAUUUUACAGGAAAACUAUUGUUCAGGUCCUUGGGGUUUGGACUUUUUUCUA